AUGAUUUCCUUAUCAUCCUUCUUCUUCGUGUUGUACCUGAUUUUUUUCAUAUCAGUUGGCAUAAUCGCAUCAAUUUUCAUUAUUCCAUCUUUGGUGUUAUCAUUCAUAUUCGCCUCGUUUGUCGUCAUAUUUGGAUUCUUAAGUGACAUUACAUUCCGCAUCUCGCAAAAGCUGUAUCUAAAGGUAGAUCAUAGAUUAAGGUAUGCUUUGAAAAAAAUGAGCGCACAGAGAAAGAGUGAAGAGUCGAAAAAGUGUGCCAUCCUCAACAAUAGUAAUAUGGUCGGCUCCUCUGACAACCAAAUGUCAAACACCGUGAGCGUGCCAGCAGAGCCAUCAACUGCUGCUAGCGGCAUUGCUCGAUCUUUGGAAACUCGUGCCAAUUUGCGGGUAACUUCAUAG